GUCAGUUAGUCUGCGAAAACUCCAGCUAUGGAGAGCGCGCAUUUUGUGUGCGAGAGAAAAUAUAGCGAUCCAACUAGCACGAUAUAGCGUGCCACUCGCCGCUCUGAAGUGUCAUUAAAAUAAUAACACACGGCUGCGAUGCGGUUUUUACAAGUGCAAAAAUUACUCAGUGGUUUUUGAACCCGUGGCGGGAAAGAAAAUUAGGAGUGAAAAUAUCGCCGUACCGUUUUUCCUUGGAAAAGUAGAAUUAGAAGAUAUUUUGGAUCGGUAAUGGUUUUUGAAAAGUGUAGAGCGUAAUUUCAGUGUCUAAAUUAAGUGACGAACAGAAAUAACAGCGGUAUUCAGUGCCAAUAGCAAACGAGUGGGUGUCCAGAAUGUGAAUAAAAACACUAAAGUUUUUGUUGUGUUUAAAAAAAACAUGGUCGCAGUCGUCGAACCUUCGAAGAGAAUAGAUAAUAGCUUUUUUAGAUCGUUUUUGCCCGCCGUGAACUCUCCGCCGGUGUCCCACCGCGACCACUCUGCCCCGAGCUACCGCCGCAACGAUGACUACGCCGUCAUCCACCGAGCCGACCGGCCUCCAGACGAAGAACGGAAGAAAGACAAGAAGUGGUCCUUCGGAAAACUCUUCAGGCGAAAGAAGAAAGACGACGAAAGCCAAACGUCGUCAGAAAGCGACGAGGGCAUCAGCAGCAGGUCCAGAAAACCCAAAAAGAAGAAACGCGUUCCGCCAGUUAACAACUUUGAUCACAUAGUGAUUAGGGACACCAGAAGAGCACAGAGUGUGGUCAAAGUGAACCAUCGGGACUACAACGAUGAUGGCGUGCUGUCGGACCCCUCUGCCGGCUUUGUCAACUAUCGAACCAGGCUGCCUCAACACGUGUAUGCUGAUUCCAAAGAGUCCCUAUCAAAUAAAGAUGACAUGUCUGGAAGAUCGGCUAAGACAACUUUGGAAACCCCUGCGAGAAAAACUAGGAAGGGAAGACUAAAAGCUCGAGUUGAGGCAUUGAGGAACAGCAUGAGAGGGGACUCGAGCAGUGAUGAGGAAUCGCUGAAGUCCUCCAAUUCAUCGUCAAUGGUCAGGUUUCGGAGCGACGAUUCGUUAAUGAGAUCUAGGGAUAGUUCUUUGAACAAACGAUCUAGGAGUGCCAGGAAUGAAAGAUACGUGAAAAGACUGUCCCGUGAUGAAGAGAAUCAGCUGAACAAAGAAGCCGAGUUACUGCAGCAAGGGUAUACGAAAGCUGAAGUAGAAAUGUUGACGCGAACACCCACGAGUCAAAGCAGCGGUUACGGAACAUGCAAAAAAGAACAGUCGAACAAAGUUAAACAAGACAACCUAUAUGCCAAUGAUAUUACUCGACGCCCAAUGAAAUCGGAAUCAAUUUCUUCAUUCCCAUCGACUCAAAGUUACCCUUCAUCCAUCAACUUUAACGCUAUUGUUAACAAAGAACAUAUUAACUAUUCCAUUCAGUAUCCAAAUAAUAAUUUAAACAGAGAACCUGUUUACGCUAACAAUAACAGACAAAGAAGUGUAACCGACCAAAGUGAUAAAGACGUGAUGUGUGUGAAGUUUCCAUUAGGGAAUGUUACUAAUAUUAAAAGGGAAGAGAAAGUGCCCCCUGUGCCACCCCCUCGAGACAUGCAAAGGAAAGUCACCACGCCAUUGUCCAUGUACUAUGAGAAUAAUGCCCCAGCUGCCGACAGAGUCGAUGGUAGCACUAAACCGGUUUAUGGGGUUCCAAAUAAUGACUUUGAAAGAGUGAUGAGGCGAAGCCAAGACAGAACUAUAGGCCACGGACAAAAUGGUCUUCGACGACCGAUAUCAAAUUCAGAGGACCAUAUUGCAAUGAUGAACAAUGAAUAUUUACAAACCCAAUAUACAAAAGAACAACCUCGAAGACCUGCCUCUGUCUCCGCUGAACCAAAUCACUAUGUGCUAUACUCAAAUACGCCUCCUUGGAGAAAAAAUACCGAGAAACCAGAAAUAGUUAAACCUCAACCAGUGCAACCUCGAUGGGACUACCUGUACUACGCUGACCAAAGCCCGAGGUCCCGCCGACCAAUCAGUGUUAAGCCUAGUCAAAAUGGUCAUGAGAAUCAAUAUCUCAGUGAUUCACAAACCUCAUUAAACUUACGGCAGAAUGUUUAUAAAAGACCCCAAAACGCAUCUGACUUCUGGAAGAAGUUAGACGAUGCCGAAAGGCAGAAAAAGCAACAAAACAUGUUUGCCCAUUCUAGAAGUAACAGUGAUUAUACCAGUAAUUCCCAGUUCAAUAGAAAUGUAAAUGUGACAAGAAGUUUUGAUAAGCCAAGUCAAUCGGAUUUGCAGAACAGAAACAUGGUGAAAUCGCGAGAUGUAACAGAUGGUGCCAAUAUGUGGAAAGCCACAACCGAGUAUAAACGAUCAAUAACAGUUGAACCCCCGAAAGUAACAUCACCGUCUUCAAAAACUCAUGUUCGUCAUAAAUCUGAUACAUUCUUACCUAAUUCAUACCAAAUACCAUCUGAUGAUGAGAAACAUAAUACCGAAAGACGAAAAUCCACUAACCUUGACGAUGCUCUCAAUGAACUUGAAGCUAUUUACAACAGUUUAGGACUCGGUGAUGAAGAUUUGUUGGAUAGAGCAGAGCGCCGAGAACUAAUGAACUCAACACAUAAUGAACAUUACAAUGACUGGAACGGUAACGACGAUGAAGUACAACUGCGAGGUCAACCCACGACUCCUUUAAGACUAAUGGGGAGACGGUCAACGCUACCUGAUAAGCUUCAAGACGAUAUGGCAUUCAGAAAGAUGAACGGUAAAGACAAAUCCAUGCAAGCGGGUAAAGAUACCCAGUCACAGAUAAGCUACAUGCUUGCCUCCCCAGUUUAUGUGCCAUAUGCGUCGGAUGAUGAUAAACAUUCGGAACGGAAUGAGCCCGAUGUAGUCUAUGACGAUGUGGUAUACAGAAACAUCAAGCAAAUGAACAAUCGUCUAAAGACUAUUGAGCCUCAACCGCCGUUUGGUAUACCCGUGGGUCCCGUGUCUCCCGCCCCUCAAAGUGACUAUUUACACGCCACUCCUGAUAACAAAGGACGAUCUAGGUUUAUACCGAGAAGAUCGCCUGAUCUAGUAUCCGAUGAUUUAGCGUACAGAAGUCUUAGAAAAGAUAGCAGGCAUUUCAAUUCCUUUAAUGGAGACGAAUAUAUUGGUCCAGUUAAUAAUAAUCAUAGUUACAGUGAAUAUCCUCUUGCCAAAGAUCCUACAACGAAUCUUAAGAAGAAAAGAGCUGUGAGAUCCCUGUCAGCUAACAUUUUCACAAUGAUUCAAAAAGAGAUAGAUGAAGCCCUUACAAAAUCUAAACCACCUUCUUUACAAAAAACGCACAGUAACAGUGACGUCACAAGACGGCUGCGUGAAGUCUUCGAAAACAAUGACAACGAACAAGAGCACUAUCCUCGCAACAAGGUAAAACAACGACAUCAUACUGUCAACCUCUUUGUCAAUAACAUCAACGCACCACCCAGUCAUCAUUUCGCAAAAGACGAUUCAUAUAUUCACAACAACGACAAAUACAUCGCUAAACCUUCAUGUUGUGACAAGUCCAAAAGUUCAUCUCCAUCAAAUCGAUCACCUCAAACAUCUAAACGGUCUUCAAAGGACGAAUUUCAGCAAGUUCUUACAAUGCUUGCUCAAGAAGCUAUGGACACCAGUAAUAAGUUAGGCGUAGCCUUAGCUGAAUUAGAUAAAAAUAGAAACAAUAAUGAACGGAAAUCAGAUUUGCAAAGUAAAAUAUCUGACAGCAGAUUGAAUUUCCUGAAUGUUCUCAAGUCAGGAAACGACAUCAACGAACAAAUUAAAUAUGUGAAUGUCCAUUCUGAAGUUAUAAGCGAACCAACGAUAGACAAGACUCACACUAAGCACAAACUGGACUGUACAGACAGUAAAUCAAAAGCUGAAAAGACAGAAGACAGUCUUAUGGUAAUAUCAGAUCAACUACACAAAGUAGAAGAUCAAUUAAAGCACAGCUUUGAAAAAGAAAUAAAUUUUGACGAUGAAAGCUUAAAACUAUCAAACUACAUAGCUAAAACUCAAGAACAGUUAAAAGCUCAAGAAACUACAGUAGUGGUACCUGAUAGCAAACUAGUUCCUGCGGUGAUACCACUGCCUGUGCAAAAUGACGCUAUUAAGAUUGAAAGCAUUGACAAAAUAAUUGAAAGCAAUCCUUUCACUAACAAAGUUAAUCUUCAAAACACAGCACAAAAAUCUGACGAGAAACUUAAAGAGUUAAACGAAAUUAAUGCAUUUAAAGAGCUCAAAGAUGGCAUAUCGGAUCUGAUAGCUGGUAUAUCACAAGUGAACGAGAAACUGUUCCUUCCAAAGUCAUCUAAACCUGAAACUGAAAGCCAGAACAUUAGUAACACUGAAACCCAGAACAUUGGUAAGAUUGCCACCAUUUCCGAAGUUAGCGCUAAACUUAGCGAAGUGACUCAGGAACGUCCUAAAAUAGAUGAUGCACCGCGAGCGUCGGUCAAUCUCUCCAUUUACGAGGACGAUUUAGAAGUUAAGAAAGACAACGCCGACUCGACCGAAUACAAUUCCUCUGAGGAGCUAGCGACGAUAUUUAAAAUAGAAAACAAAGCUAGAGCCACAGCGAAGGAAACUAACCCAGUAGAAAGUAGUAUCAGAACAGAGCUGAGCUCUCCAAAGCUCGUCCAAUCGAUGAGUCAACAACUGAGAAGGUUCUCAGUAGACCACACCGAGGACAGCCCUAGUCAAAGCAACCAGUUGCCAACUAACAUAGUGCCAUGGAGGACGAAACGGCACAACUCCCAAAACGAAAACCAAGACACGCAGCGUAAGCGCGAAUGGCACGAUCGUCCAAGCACGGUGAUGCUCGCUUGUUCCUACACCCUGAUGGUGACCCAGCACCUGGCUGAACUCGACUGGCUGACUCUGCUCGGGCUAAUGCUAGCCAUUGUCACUAUUAUUGCUAUGAUGUUGAUUUGAGAUGUAGACGUCGGCGUUCUUUGAUCAAUACGGUUUCUGCAACUUUUUGAUUUUGCCGUAUUUUUAAAGGAUAGGGGACGAUGUUUUUCCUUUAAAGGUUUAUGUAUAUCUUAUAUGUAUAAAACCACGGAAGCAUCCGACUAAUUAGUGAAUAUUGAUAUUAUUCUAAAGUCAAAAGUUUUUACUUUACAGUAUCUGUAGACUGUAUGUAGUAUGUAUUGAUCAAAGGACGACGACUAGUGUUUUGGAUGGACACCUCUUAUGCUUAUAGUUUACACUAGAGUGAAUUAACUUUAUUUUAGUUUUUAUUAAUUUUGUAAGCGCUUAUUGUUCUUAGAUUCAGUUUAUUAACUAGUAGGUACCUUAUUAUCAGAAAACUAUUGUUAUUCGUAGAUUAUUUUAAAUAAAUAUUACAUUCCAUAAGACAAAAUAUAAGUCUUAAUUAUUACAAAAUUACGGUAAUUAUUAAUUGAUUUAUUGCAACAAUGUAUAUUAUUUUAUUUGUAGUAACAUUAUCUUUUGGUUUUAUAUUUUUCAAACUUUUUAUUUGUAUGUGUAAUCCUUGUGUAAUCAAAUCAAGUACUUAAUCAUUAAAAACUUAUUAUUAUAAUGGUUGUCACAAAAUCUGGGUAUUAUCGUCUAAACUUUCCUACAUAGGUACGUGAUAGGUUAGUUAGUACGUAUUAUGUACUACAAUAAAAAAUCCAAUUUGCAUUGAACACUAAUUCGGAUAGGACAAAGGUACCUCUACAUAUUUUACUCUUAGCUUUGUACGUUGUAUUAUAUUAUCAAUGUUUAUACUCACAUAAUUCAAAUUAAAAUUGCAUGUUUAUAUUGUUUAUGCCUACUGUUGGUAGCUAAUGAAUAAAUAGGUAGCAUUAUCUAGCUUAUACAUUUUCCUUAUUUUACACUUUAUUAGAUAGUAG